GCGGCGGGUGUAUCACCGAUAAAGUUUGUUACGGAGCCGAGCACCCAUUUGCGGUGUUCAGUCUGUGAUAAUAUCUAUUCUGACCCUGUGAUGACAGUGUCGUGUGGCCACACGUUCUGUCGCCAGUGUGUGACCUCUGUACCCACGGGGAGAUGCCCAGUAGACGGGGUUGAAAUAGUCAACACAGCCCAUAUCGUGAACAGAAUUGUCCUUAGUCAAAUAGAAGAUUUGCUAACAUAUUGCUGCUAUGGACUCACAUUAAGCAACGGCACCUGGGUAGUGGAUCCAAGUGGUUGCAAGGAGCAGAUAACUCUUGGUAAAAAAGCAGAACAUGAAGCCACAUGUAGCUAUGGAACCUCUCCUUGUCCGAACAAUGCUGAGCAUUGUGGGAAAUUUCGGCAGAGAGAUUUGUCCCAGCACCUAAAGGUGUGCCCCUAUACUCCGUGUCACAAUGCGGACAAAGGGUGUGAAUUCAAGGGAACACGAGAAUGUGUGCUUGACCACCUGAAAGUGUGUGGUUACCGUGGGUUACAAAGGGCUUCAGCACACCUGGAUGAUGAGGUGCAACAGCUGUUGUUGAUCAACCAGGAACUGAAGAAUGAGGUUACAGAGCUAAGGGAUAGGCUGGACAAGGUGGAACUGGAAAACAGAGCCCUGAAAACUGAGGUCAGCAGAAACUCUAGUGGCCAGCAGAUGUUACAGAAGAAGUUUGAGGGUCUACAUGGAACUCUGGAAGUCAUACAACGCGCUCUGAGCAAAUCUCCUGCUAUCUCCCCUUCUGCUGUGGAAAAGCCUCGACCAGUGUCUCGUGAAGGGAGAUCACCCUCUGUCUCAAGCCUGUCUUAUCCAAGUCAACAGCAACCUGAGAAGUGGGAAAUGCCUUUCACAUUUAAAUGCAUUGGAACGUACAGGGGUCACAAGAAUACAGUGUUCUCUACGGUGGCAUGCAAGCGGAAACUGUACAGUGGUGGGGCGGACGGAGAGGUCAAAGUCUGGAACCUGGAUCACCUAAGCCUAGGCUGUGUCAAAACUCUUGUGGGACACAAGAGAACUGUCCAUUGUCUGUCUGUGGGUCAUGGUUAUCUCUACAGUGCAGGUGAAGACUUUAACAUCAAGAUGUGGACAUUGGACACUGCCGAGGAGUUCAAAACACUAGAGAAUGCGCAUGAGAACAUCAUUUGUUCCAUGGUCAUCUGUAACGGCUACCUGUUUACAUCAUCACAUUCAUUGAUAAAGGUUUGGGAAGCAAAGUCUCUGACCCAUGUCCACAGUAUGCAGGGUUUGUAUCAUUGGGUUAGAGCAAUGGCCGUCAGCACAAACAAGGAAGUACUCUUCAGCGGUUCUCACAACACUAUUGACAUCUGGGAUGCUACAGGAAAAUUUACACCUGAGGGGAAAAUAGAACACACCUUUGGCUCCAUCUAUUCAUUGACUGUUACUCAUGAGUAUUUGAUUGCAGGAACUUACAACAAUAACAUCCAGAUAUUUGAUGUAGACAGUCACAGCCAUGUGCGCAGUUUAGCGGGGCAUAUCAGCACAGUGUCAGCACUUCUUGUCUCCCCUUCAGGGCGUUUCCUGUUUUCUGCAUCAUAUGACAAGAGCAUCCAGGUGUGGAACCUGGAGAACAUGUUACCUAUCCAGAGCCUGACACGACAUGAGGCUGCAGUCAACACCCUGAGCUUACAAGAGGACCUGCUGAUAUCUGGAUCAGAGGACACAGAAAUUAAGAUCUACAAGUACUUCCAGAUGCAGAUAGGAUUUUAGUGGACUAUGCUCAAGUCAGUUCAUUUAUUAUUGCCAACUCUUAUGUUACUAAGCAAUGGCUACACACAUGGCCGAUUAUGGACACAAAAAUCUAACCUGGGAACGGACACAACUAGAAGGGACACAACUCAUGAUAACCAACAACCCAUUGAUGUGGCAAGUUCAGGUAUUCAUUUGCAACUCCGAUCAUAAAUGGGAGCCAUCUUGAGAAAUCUGUCACAGAAUUGGUAAUGUGGUUGAGGAGAAAGCUGGGUGCAUAACAGGUUCUCAAGUUUUCUCCACCCAUAAACUGAUCAGCAUAGGGAAUUAAAGUGAAAAAUUUCUGAGCAUGGCGUAAUGUGGUAGCAAAAAGAGACUUUCUCAACAUUUAUGACACAUCCUAGAUGUUUACUAUAUUUACUUUCAUUCUCAGGUUUAGAUCCAAAAAAUCUGCUUACAAAUUAUUUCAGAGACUUUUUUUUUCGUAAAAUGAGUGUUUAGUGUUGUGAUGUUGGUUUUGAACAUUUUUUAUAUAAAUAUUUUGUUCUGGAAAACAGAACAACUGAAGAAUUUGCCUGAGUGAAUGGCAAGAGGAAAGUUGUCUGUGAUAUACACAAAAAAUUUCAGUUUUCAAAUAGUGUAUGUUGUGUCUUAAAGGCGACAGAUAUUUCAUCAGGAAAUGUGUUUUUUCAAUAAAAACAGAUAAUCAUUCCAUUUAUAAAUGUAUGUGAUGUGAUUGGUAUGUUGAUUAUCAUGACAGUGAUAUUUCUCAUUUGCUGAAAAUUCGUGUUGCUCGUUUUUUGAAUGUUUUGUAAUGUAGAUGUAAGUAGUUGUUUGAUAUAUUUUGUACAUUAGAGAGAUAUAAACAAUAACAACAAAUAUUCAUGAAAGGUAUACAUUUACAUUAUGCUUGACAGU